GUGACUGUCGUACGGUCUACCUUAGGCCGCCGGCGAGUCUCUCCUACCCACUGACCGUUGACCGGUGCCAGGCACUGCUAACUUGCUUAGCCGUUAUGUGAUUAUAGCAUGCCUGCUUAUAUUUUAUUCUCGUUGCAUGGCUUGAUGUGCACAUGGGUACGGGCUGCAUGUUGGGAUUAACAUGAUUUGGUUAUGCUUGGUCACGGGCAUUUUAGCUUGAUUAUGAUGCAUCCAGCACGGGCAUAUGCAUCGUGUGUGGCUUACUAUAUGGGCGGAGCAUGGCCUGAUGCUUGGAUGUAUGGGCGCCUGGUAUCACGUUGAUGCUCACUACGCCAUUGCAUUUUAUGUGCAUUGCAUGGCUACUGAUAGUAUUUAGUUCUCGGACGGGAGUACCGUUCCGAGGGAGCCUAUGGCUCGGUUGUCGGGAGUACCGACGUGGAUACGGGUGACGGGAGUACCGCCCCGGGACAGUGCGCACAGGUUUGUUGAGGAUAUUGUUGCCUUCCAGGGCAGCGGCAGGUUGGUAUGGGACUUGGGUGCCAGGUGUCUUGUGUGGGCCCCAAGGACCGGUAUGUGCUUUCACUAUACUGCACUGUUGUGUUGUAGCGUCUCAUGACUUGUGUGUACUUGUGGGGCUGUGUUUGGGAUGGUCUCUUCUUUUAUUUAUAGCCUUUCAUUUCUUAUAAACUUGCUGAGUCUUGCGACUCACCUUGCUUUCCAUCAUUCCAGGUAAGGGUAAAGCAAAGGCCGAGGGCGAGGAUCGUUCCAUUUAGCAGCCGGCCGCGUUGGUAUCAUGGACGCACGACGUGGGCGAGGUCGUGGUAGACCGUCGGCACGAGGUAGAGGACACCUUGUCCCUACUCCGGAGGUUCAGGCUACAGGUGCGGGAGAGCAGAGACAGCCAGGGCCACCAGAUAUGCAGGAGACAUUAGCGGGUAUUUUACGAGCUGUAGAUGUACUGGCAGCAUCUCAGUUGCGACAGGAGCGCAGACAUGAUGAUAGGACCGCUACGGCCCAGGCGUCGCAUUCAGGUACGUCGGGAACAGGGGACGGUUCAGGUGCUACAGUGCUUAGAGAUUUUAUGGCCUUGCGACCACCAGAGUUUAGUGGAGGCGCUGAUGCGACGGUGGCUGAGGAUUGGUUACUAGCGGUGGAGAAGCAUUUGAGAUCCAUAGACUGUGCAGAGGCCCACAGAGUUCGGCUGGGGACUUUCUUGUUACGAGGUGACGCCGAGCGGUGGUGGGAGACCACCAGACAGAGAUAUGGCGAUGGAGGUCCGUCAUGGGCACAGUUCGUCGAGGCGUUCAAUGAGACCUAUGUACCAGCUUGGAUCAGAGAGCAGAAGGUGUUUGAGUUCAUUGAGUUACAACAGGGCAGUAAGACAGUUACACAGUACGAGACUGAGUUCGUGGCAUUGUCUCGUUAUGCUCCUGAGUUAGUGACCCCUGAGUCGCGUCGAGUUAGCAAGUUUCAGAGGGGGUUACGACCAGAGAUCCGUCAUGCCAUGGCUGGUAUUGAGGCCCCUGACUUCCCUACGGCUGUUCAGCGAGCCCACGCGGUGGAGAGGGAUCAAUUGGAGGCCCGAGCAGAGCAGUUAGUCUUGAAGGGUGCAGGGAGCAGCAGUAAGAAGAGGAAGUGGGAUGCAGGCAGCCAGAGUUCGGGAUUUCCACAGUGCCGGCAGUGCGGGCAGAGACACCAGGGGCAGUGUCGGGAGAGGGGCCACCGAGCGAACAGGUGCACCCAACCAGCACAGAGUGGAGGGCCACGGACUGGAGGUGUGGGGCCCAGACUAGUUCAGAGACAGUCUGCACCUAGGACGCAGGGUGCAGGAGCACCAUUACCUCUUCCAGCAGCACAGCGCCCAGGACCUACAGAGAGAGUUCAGAUGCAGGGACAGGCAUUUGCAGUUCAGAGGGACAAUGGUUUGCUAUUGUUUCGUGGACGGAUCUGUGUGCCGAGGGACAGUGAUAUCAGGCAGAGGAUCCUAGAGGAAGCUCAUCGUUCUCCCUAUACUAUCCAUCCUGGAGCGACGAAGAUGUACCAGGGCUUACGACGUCAGUAUUGGUGGAGCGGCAUGAAGAGGAGCGUAGCAGAAUUUGUAUCGCGAUGUUUAGUGUGCCAGCAGGUUAAGGCUGAGCACCAGAGGCCUGCAGGAUUGUUACGACCUUUAUCUGUGCCGGAGUGGAAGUGGGAACGCAUAGCUAUGGAUUUUGUCUCAGGAUUGCCACGAUCCAGCCGGGGGUAUGAUUCGAUAUGGGUGAUUAUCGAUCGGUUGACUAAAUCAGCGCACUUCUUACCUGUCAAGAAGACCUAUCCGAUUCAUCGACUGGCCAAGCUUUACAUUGAUGAGGUGGUGAGACUGCACGGAGUCCCAGCUAGUAUUGUGUCAGACAGGGAUCCUCGGUUUACCUCACGAUUUUGGGAGGCGUUGCAGAGUGCUAUGGGGACCCAGCUGACUUUCAGUACAGCCUUCCAUCCUCAGACUGACGGGCAGUCGGAGCGGACCAUUCGGACUUUGGAGGAUAUGCUCCGCGCCUGUGUACUGGACUUUCAUGGGAGCUGGGAUGACCAUUUGUCGUUGGUGGAGUUUGCUUACAAUAAUAGCUUCCAGGCCAGCAUUGGGAUGGCACCAUUUGAGGCAUUAUAUGGGCGGCCGUGUAGGUCACCGCUUUGCUGGACCGAGACUGGGGAGCGAGCGUUACUUGGACCGGAGUUGGUGGAGCAGACGACAGAAAAGAUCCAGUUGAUUCGGGCUAGGAUGAAGGCAGCUCAGGAUCGUCAGAAGAGUUAUGCUGAUAGACGACGCCGAGAUUUAGAGUUUGAUGUGGGUGAUCAUGUUUUCCUUCGAGUUAUGCCGAUGAGGGGUGUUCGACGCUUCGGAGUAUCUGGCAAGUUGAGUCCUCGCUAUGUGGGACCGUUCGAGAUAUUGGAGCGAGUCGGAUCGUUGGCAUACCGGUUAGCUUUACCCCCUCAGUUAGCCCAUGUACAUGAUGUCUUUCAUGUUUCUAUGCUCCGCAAGUACGUGGCAGAUCCCGGGCAUGUCAUUGAUUAUCAUCCGCUCGUGGUGCAAGAGGAUUCGUCGUACAUCGAGUUGCCUACCAAUAUCGUGGAUCGAAAAGAAAAAGCAUUAGGUGAUACUAGUGAAGCUAUGAUUCUAUUAAACUCAUUACCUGAUGACUAUGAUGUUGUAAAGCAUGCUUUGCGUUAUACUGGUAUAGUCCCUAGUAUGGAACUUGUUAUUUCUGAAGAAACAAACCAACAUAGUACCACAGAUAAUUUUAUCAGCUUAAGAGGAACUCAAAUUGAGGUAGAGCACUCGGCUAUAAAUGAUAACCCACUUGGUGCUCCAGUUAUACUAGAACCUCAACAAGAACGUGAUCCCUCUCCUAUAUCAAACUUAGACCAGACCUUUGAUCAUGAGACUGAUCAUGAUGAACAAAAUGGUGAAACUGAGAUUCAGGUGGAGCAGCAUGACUCCCUUCAACAUGAUCUUGGUGAUUACCAACUUGCUCGAGAUAGAAGCAGGAGGAUUGUAAGACCUCCUGCUAGGUAUGCUUAUUCAGACUUAAUAUAUUGUGCCUUGAUAGCAGGUGUUGAAAUGAGAAGCAGUGAGUAUUUCUCUUAUGAAGAGGCUAUCAGCUCUAAGGACAGUAAAAAAUGA